GACGAUUUCAAACAUCAAACAUCGUACGAAGAACAGUACAUCGUACACAGCCUCAUCUGGCUCAGACUCAGGCUGAAAUUGGAAGUCAAAAUGAGGUCCAAAAAUGCCAUGUCAACUUCAGAUAUGGUCUCAGUCCAACGGUCGUUUGUGCGGUGUUCUUUGUACUCCUUUGAUCAUCUCAAGUUUGAGCCUCCACGGAACAAAGUUGCUUCGUUCUUACUCGGUACAAACAUCAGAGAUUCCACCCAAUCCCCUUCCACGAUCUAUUGCCAUUAUGGCACCAAACCAAGUGUCUGGUCUUCGAGCCUGACCCAAGCUGAGGUGGCAAUAAUAAUUGCAAGCGAACAAAUUACAAUCCCUCUGAGAGACGAUUUGUUGUGAUUGGGAAAUCUUUGGCUGACACUGGCUAGAGUAACACUGGCUGGCAGCCGCUGUAAAUCUCGGCUCUAACACUUCGCUUCGUCUCAGCCUCGUCUCAAGUGAUGGUGUUCUCUAAGCUCCGGCUCAUCAUCAUCUCCCACCCCCAGCUCCAGCUCCAGCUCAAGCUUCUCAAGCUGCCAAGCAACUCAACCUUUUUUUGGUUGCAAAUCCCUUGAUGGGUUCCCACCCAGGCGCAAAUCAAGCUUUAGACAACAGUUAACCUUGUCUUACCAAUCAGAAAGCUUCCAUCAACUCCACCCACAUUCUGUUUAUCCGUCGAGGCAUUGCAGUACUCCGUGUUGUUGGUAACUGUAAAAUAUGACGCACAACACUAUUACGUCUAAGGACUACUCAGUGAGAGAGUCAUUAGAUGAAAGGGACCAGAGAACCCCGAACCAUCGUACCACUGCACUGUGUUGGGAGAUCAGUGGGAGAAUGUGCGUGUUCGUUCACACAUCUUGGCCGCUUCAUGGAUCUGAUCUUCCUCCGUGCGUCGGAAGAGUUUGGACGGUAUGAACCCAAACUCGGGACGGCAUUCUGGAACCAGUAAGCGUACGAGAAGACCAGCAUAGGGGCCAGACAGGGGCCAACUUCUCAUCCCCUUGACGAUACAAAUACAAAUCCCAUUUCUGCAUCGGAGAGCUUCCUGCUCUCUUCUUUAUUCUUUCUAUUCAUUCUCUGUACUCGCUCAAACCAAAAUUUCCGUCGUUUGCUUCAUUUCUUCAAUUACUCUUCAAAUCUACAUCCUGCCAGCCAGCUUUGUCGCCGGACGACCUUUAAAUAUCCACUCACACUCCCUCAAUCGAACUAUUCGAACCGACCUCCCGAAACCGACAAGAUGCAUUUCAUAAACAUCGCGUUUUUGUCCUUAGUUGCUGCUGCCGUGGCCAGCCCAAUCUCUAUCCCUCAACGUCUCGAUGGUAAGUUUGUGAUUCUCAAUUCAGUCAAUUAUUUCGAAGAGUCUCGAUUGUUGUGUGGUGCAUUUGUGGGCAGGUAGAGAGUCUGGACCUCGUUUCUUCACCUCGAAAAUCCAACUCUGAAGGCCAGACCUUCUCGACCCACCUCACGAUGUCUCGAUCCACACGGUCAACACCCAGAUGCACAAAUAUGUCACACGUCACAAUAUGGGGUUGUGCAUCAAAUGCAUUUAACAUGGAGAAAUUGUUUGCAAGACAACACACGAAUAUACAUACUGAUUGAUACUUCUCCAGACAAAAUGGCAAGAGACAUUGCCACCCGUAGGCCACAAACAGAAGCCGAAGCCUCAGUAAUGACCAAUGCAAAUGGAGAGGUCGUUUCCUUCGACUCUACUGCUGUUUUCAAGCGUAAGGGUGACCCGCGCUCAUUUGUUGUUUCAUAAACUGACAGACUAUCUAGCUGCUGUCGACAAGCGACAAACAGAAGCCGAAGCCUCAGUUAUGACCAACGCAAAUGGCGAGGUCGUUUCUUUCGAUUCUACCGCCGUCUUCAAACGUAGGAAAAAAAUAAUAAUCAAUCUUUCAUCGCCCAACUGACAAAUUAUCUAGCUGCCGUUGAUAAGAGACAAAUUAAUGAUGAUCUCCCUACCAUGACUAAUGCAGCUGGUGAAGUUAUCAAUUUUGAUUCCACCGCUGUCUAUAAGCGUAAGAAAACUAGAAUCCGCUCUUCACUACUUAACUGACAAACUGUCUAGCCGCUGUUGAUGAUGCUCCUCCAGCUGUAAAGGCCCGCUCGCCACAAAUCAACGAUGAUCUUCCUACUAUGACUAAUGCAGCUGGCGAAGUUGUCAACUUUGAUCCCACUGGUGUUUUCAAGCGUAAGAACAAUCGACCAUACCAGUUACUAUUUUAGCUGACAAGAAUACUAGCUGUUGUUGAUGAUGCUCCUCCUCCAGAAGUGGCGGCCCGUUCGCCACAAAUCAACGAUGAUCUUCCUACUAUGACUAAUGCAGCUGGCGAAGUUGUCAACUUUGAUCCCACUGGUGUUUUCAAGCGUAAGAACAAUCGACCAUACCAGUUACUAUUUUAGCUGACAAGAAUACUAGCUGUUGUUGAUGAUGCUCCUCCUCCAGAAGUGGCGGCCCGUUCGCCACAAAUCAACGAUGAUCUUCCUACUAUGACUAAUGCAGCUGGCGAAGUUGUCAACUUUGAUCCCACUGGUGUUUUCAAGCGUAAGAACAAUCGACCAUACCAGUUACUAUUUUAGCUGACAAGAAUACUAGCUGUUGUUGAUGAUGCUCCUCCUCCAGAAGUGGCGGCCCGUUCGCCACAAAUCAACGAUGAUCUCCCUGCCAUGACCAACGCAAACGGGGAAGUCAUUAACUUCGACCCUACAGCUGUCUACCUGCGUAAGUUAUACUUCUGAAAUAUUCGUUGUAGGAGUUUUUCAACUAACAAAUAAUUUAGCUGCCACUGUCGCUGGUGAUAGAUAAAUGCGAUAGCACACACGCCUAGGUCGAUUGGCAAACGCAAUCAUAGAGAUAUUAAUUAUUACACUACUCCGAGGAUUUUGGACAGUUUUUGUUGGGGUUCAAGGUUAAUAAACAUGUUUAGGAGUGGGGUGUUUUUCUUUCUAUCGCAUAACACCAUACCAAUAUGUUUGAGUGGAUUUGUUAUGGCGAGAUGGGAUCUUGUUAUGUAAUUGGGAAAUCCCUGGGCUUUUUCGCCCUUUUAAAUAGUCGAUGGUCGGGAAUCGAUGGAGUUUACAGACC